AUUGAGUAUCUCGACUUCAUUCGUGGAAAUUGUGUGGAGUGUGAUGCGAUGCAUACUUCAGAUCCCCAAGAGAGCACCUAUCAAUCCCAAUCGAGCGCCGUAUUAUCCCGAGUGCCCACCAGGAUGCAAAGAUUGCACCUUCCUUCUUCAGAUACUUUGUCGAGUAUCAGGAAGCCGGCAGUGGCCUCACGCAACGUCUGUCUGGUCUUUGAAGAACUCCUUCUCUUUCAAUUGCCCUGCGUCCAAAGAACACAUCUGGUGGUCGUCUUCUCAGACUGCAUAAAGACAGAAGUUCCAUCGAGUUCCUUUUAUGCAGCUGGGAUGAGAAGAGCAUCCUCUCCACACUAUUGACGAAUCUUGGUCAUUGCGGCCUUGACUUAGCAUUGGCUAGGGACUUGGACUUCGAUCACAGUUCAGAUCCAGUGUCCCCUUUAUACUUCGCCGGCG